GCGUCUACAAAUAGAGGGUCUUUGGAAGAGAGACACUGUCAUUCACCACAUUAACUUGGAAUUCUACGAGGUCUCCUCUGCUUAGAGUGUGUGCUCUUUAUUCCAAAGCAUCUUUCCUAUCCCACUCUCAUCACAUCUUGAGAAAUGGGCACAGAGACCUUCCUAUUCACCUCUGAAUCCGUCAACGAGGGUCACCCUGACAAGUUGUGCGACCAAGUCUCCGAUGCAGUGCUUGAUGCCUGCCUUGAACAGGAUCCUGACAGCAAGGUUGCCUGUGAGACAUGCACAAAGACAAACAUGGUCAUGAUCUUUGGAGAGAUUACAACCAAGGCCAACAUAGACUAUGAGAAGAUUGUUCGUGACACAUGCCGCAACAUAGGGUUUGUCUCUGAUGAUGUGGGUCUUGAUGCUGACAAAUGCAAGGUCUUGGUCAACAUUGAGCAGCAAAGUCCUGAUAUUGCCCAAGGUGUGCACGGCCACUUCACCAAGCGUCCAGAAGAGGUUGGUGCUGGUGACCAGGGUCACAUGUUUGGGUAUGCCACUGAUGAAACCCCUGAAUACAUGCCAUUGAGCCAUGUCCUUGCAACCAAACUAGGAGCUCGCCUCACUGAGGUUAGGAAGAAUGGUACCUGUGCUUGGUUGAGACCGGAUGGUAAGACACAAGUAACAGUAGAGUACUUCGAUGACAAUGGUGCAAGGGUUCCAGUUCGUGUCCACACUGUCCUCAUUUCCACUCAGCAUGAUGAGACUGUCACUAAUGAACAAAUUGCUGCUGAUCUUAAGGAGCAUGUUAUCAAGCCUGUGAUUCCUGAGAAGUACUUAGAUGACAAGACAAUUUUCCACCUUAACCCAUCUGGUAGAUUUGUCAUUGGUGGUCCUCAUGGUGAUGCUGGUCUCACAGGAAGAAAGAUUAUAAUUGAUACUUAUGGAGGGUGGGGUGCUCAUGGAGGUGGUGCUUUCUCAGGAAAGGACCCUACCAAGGUUGAUAGAAGUGGUGCCUACGUUGCAAGACAAGCAGCGAAGAGUAUUGUAGCAAAUGGGCUUGCUCGGAGGUGUCUUGUUCAAGUUUCUUAUGCCAUUGGUGUUCCUGAGCCUUUGUCAGUUUUUAUUAACUCUUAUGGAACUGGAAAGAUUCCUGACAAGGAGAUUCUUAAGCUUGUGAAGGAAAAUUUUGACUUUAGACCUGGAAUGAUCACGAUUAACUUGGACCUUAAGAGGGGUGGCAACAGGUUCCUUAAGACAGCUGCCUAUGGACACUUUGGAAGGGAUGAGCCAGACUUCACCUGGGAAGUUGUCAAGCCACUCAAGUGGGAGAAGCCUCAGCCUCAGGCUUAAGGUCUUUUCUUAUAAGUGGGACUGUGGGAGGAAAUUUUAAUCAUGCAGAAAUUGGACUGAAAUUUGCUGUGCCCCUUGUUUGGAAUGGUUUGUUUGAGGGGGUAAUUUUUUACCUAUUAAAAAAAUAAAGUGUGUUCUUUUGGUACACAAUUAACCAUUUAUGUUGACAAAUUAUUAUUUUUUGUUUACAUUUACACUUAUUUAAAUUAUAUAUACAGACUAAAAAUCUGCUUGUCCGGCAAUAAAAGGAAUACGACUACUUCAUCAAACAAAGAUGCUUCUAC